CACUGCAGUGACCAUCUGACUUACCAUCUUCUCCUCCCCCCCCGCCCCCCACGAGGAGUGAACUCUAGGAGGCCCUUCGUGUGCUCCAUCAUACCCCCAGCACCAAGCACCCCAGCUCAGCCGUAAGCUGGGUGACCUUGAACAAGUCCUUUUCCCUCCCUGAGCCCCCAUGUGUUCAUCUGAAAAUGACCCUCCGUUCCUGCCGUACCUCCUGGAUGGUAGGCCCUCCGCCUCCACUUGGGCUGGUUCUGGAGGUGGCCCCAGAGCCUCCACCCUCCCGCCCUGAUGGCCAGAGGGGGAAGAGGGGUCAGCAUCCCCAGACCACUAAUGACCUUGCAUCCUGCGGUCCAGGGUUAAUUUUUUAAAAAACAGCUCAAAGUCCAGGUGGGCUUUGGAAGAGUUUGCUCUCUCUGUUUGCUCUGGUUAAUCAUCUCAGGAUAGCAAACAUCCCUGGAGGCAGGCAAGGAGAUCAACAUCUAGGCCUCUGCCCCCCCCUCCCCCCGGGAGAGGCCGUGUGGCUGAAUGAACAGUUCUGUCCUAAAGAGGCCAGUAUUUGUCUUUACCCCUGUGUUCCCCAGCCUUCCCGUGGGGUCAGUGGCGUUGACAGUCCUAAUGCAGACCUGCUGGGAAGAGCAGAGGAGCCGUCGUGAGGCUGUGGGCAAGCUUCAGAGAGGGCUCUAUUCCUCCUGACUGUUAGUGUUUCAGUCUCAUACCAGCUCAGUUUCCCCCCAGAUAGAAAGCUGGAGUUCAUCACCAGGUGGGACAGUGGACAGUUUACAGAGCACUCUGACCCACUGCCUCACUUGACCUCUUGGCGGACAGAACAAGGACUGUUAUCUUCAGUUUAUAGAUGAGGAAAGUGGGCUUUAGAGAGGGAAAGUCCUCUGCAAAGAUAGUGGAAGAGAAGUCAGGGCUUCUGGCUCCCAGUUCUCUGAAUGCCUCUUAUGGCAGACUGCCUUCCUUCUACCACCGCUAACCAAACCAUGAGAGAUUGAGAAACCUUGUGAACAAGAGGGAAGGUAAUUGUCCCCAGAAAUCUAAGCCGAGAUGGGUGGUGUGAUAAAAUUUGUAACAUGGCUUUGAGCUUCCUGGCAGCCAAAGCAAAAAGGAAAUGCCGUCAGUAGCCAAGGUGUUGGUGAUGGAGCAAAGGAAACAGUCACUUAGGAAUAGAGACAUAUUUGUACCUGAUACUGGUGAGAGAUGAAGGUAUUGGGUGGCUCUUACAGAGGGACGUGACACACCAUUUACUGGUGCCGCUGGGGGGAGGGGGUUCUCCUGGAUUCUCACAUGAACGUGGCUCUUGCUUUUGAACCCCCUAUCUGAAGGGGGCAUGCCCAGCCAUAGCAGGGGGCCUUCCGUGAGCAUGGAAUGUUCCAUGUCAAGAACAGGGAGGAAGUAAGGACAGCGACUCUUGACUGUUGGAAAACAGAGCUUCACCGAGAGGGCCCACAGUAGCAGGGGCAAGAGUUUGAGCUUUGGAGACAAACAGACCUAGGUUUUUUUUUAAAAAUUCUCUUUGAAAUUGUUUAAUGAACAGUAUACAGUUUCCUAAGGCUGCCGUUAACAAAGUAUCACAACUGGGUGGGUUACAACAACAGAAAUGUAUUCUCUCCCAGUUCUGGAGGCUGGAAGCCUGACACCAGACUGUCAGUGGGCCCACAGUCUUCCUGAAGUUUCUAGAAAAGAAUCCUUGCUUGCCUCUUCCUAGCUUCUGCCUCAGUCCGAAGCUGCCGUAGGCAGAGAGGCGGUGGCUCCUGUCCCCAGACAGAGCCUGUGAGCGACACCCGAGGCAGAAGAGCCCAGAACCAUGUGGAGUCUCAGGGCUCCGUUUCUGUUGCUGACUGCCUGCCUGGCCGUGAGUGCCAGUCCCGUGCUGACGCCGCCUGACGCCAUCCAAGUGCAAGAGAACUUCAACAUCUCUCGGAUCUACGGGAAGUGGUUUCAUGUGGCCAUGGGCUCCACCUGCCCGUGGCUGAAGAAGUUCAUGGACAGGAUGUCCAUGAGCACGCUGGUGCUGGGCGAGGGGGCGACGGAUGGGGAGAUCAGCAUGACCAGCACACGUUGGCGGAGAGGCACCUGUGAGGAGCUCUCCGGGGCUUAUGAGAAAACCAGCACUAACGGAAAGUUCUUCUAUCAUAAUCCCAAAUGGAACAUCACCAUGGAGUCCUACGUGGUCCACACUGACUAUGAUGAGUACGCCAUCUUUCUGACCAAGAAAUUCAGCCGCCACCAUGGGCCCACCAUUACUGCCAAGCUCUAUGGGCGACAGCCGCAGCUUCGAGAAAGCCUGCUGGCGGAGUUCAGGGAGCUUGCCUUGGGUGUGGGCAUCCCCGAGGACUCCAUCUUCACCCUGGCCAACAAAGGUGAGUGUGUCCCUGGGGAGCAGGAACCAGAGCCCUCUCCACACAUGAGGGCCCGGCGGGCUGUGCUGGCCCAGGAGGAGGAAGGAUCAGGGACCGGGCAACCAGUAACUGAUUUCAACAAGAAGGAAGAUUCCUGCCAGCUGGGCCACGCAGAAGGCCCUUGCCUGGGGAUGAUCAUGAGGUUUUUCUACAAUGGCUCCUCCAUGGCCUGUGAGACCUUCCAGUACGGCGGCUGCCUGGGCAACGGGAACAACUUUGCCUCGGAGAAGGAGUGUCUGCAGACCUGCCGGACCGUGGCGGCCUGCAGCCUCCCCAUUGUCCCCGGCCCCUGCCGAGGCUACUACAAGCUCUGGGCGUUUGACGCUGCCCAGGGGAAGUGUGUCCCCUUCGUCUACGGGGGCUGCCAAGGCAACGGCAACAAGUUCUACUCGGAGAAGGAGUGCAAGGAGUACUGCGGGGUCCCUGGCAAUGGGGACAAGGAGCCGCUGCACUUACUCAGCUGACGGGGCCACACGCCAGAAGACCACAGGCCGCAGGGAGGCUGCAGGCCGCUGCCUGUCCCAGGGGCCAGGUUCAAAAUAAACACCCAGUUGUAGACUCCUGAAA